UCCAUGCUGUGAACAACCCAAUGACUUGGCUCUCAGCUUUUCAGUACUGCAAUUCUAAUAACACUGGCAUGGCCACAAUGCGAAGUGGAAGAGAAGAGUGGCAUUUGCUGAAGCACCUCAAUGAAACCAAAAUAUGGGAGAAAGUGUGGAUUGGAAUGAGGAGCUCCAUGAUCUUUGGACACUGGUUCUGGAUGAAUGAUGACCCGGUCACUUACCAAAACUGGAUAAAUGACCCCUCAAAGGUCUUUCAAAACACUCGUUUCUGUACCAGUCUGGAUCCGAAUCAGAAGAAGUGGGCCAAGCAGGACUGUGCAGAACGAGCCCCAUUUGUCUGCUAUACGGACAACUAGCAUGGCCAACAUUGAUUCCAUCCUCUCAGAUGGCUAUAAGAUGGGAGGACAGAUCAUCCAC